AUGGCGCAACCUCCUAAACCACUAUCAAAAGAUUGUACUAAUCACGAACCGUUUCAAAUAACGGCAACGCACCCAUUGACUGAUGUACCUGUAAACUUUGGUUAUGUUGCGUAUCCCUCUAACGUUUUUUCCAAUAAUUUAACUCAAAACGUAGCAGCUUAUCCGACUCAUCCGCAGGUGCCGGUUGUUUCUGCCUAUAACAAUCUUAACGCCAGGGGAGCGGUUAAUCCUACACUGAGACCACCAUACGUAAUUGCAACAAGAAGAGGUGGAUGCCAAUGUAAUUGGAAAAUUUCUGUCACAGCAGUGGCUUUUCUGUCGAUGUUGAUCGGAAGUAUAUUGUUAGGCGUUGGGCUAUCAAACUGCGCUGACUUUUGUUACUAUGACUUGUAUGUUACUGGUGGUACACUCCUGGCUAUAGGAACUGUCAUGGCUAUAUGCAUCUUAGUUGCAUUUUUGGUUCGUUGUGGUCGGGUAACUACCACAACUAUGCAACACUAUUAA